UCUCAUGAUCCCGUUGACUUUUUUAAUUUCUUAAAUCCUCACCCCUUUGUCUUUCGAUGGCCUUCUUCCUCUCCUCCACCUCCUCCUCCUCCUCAAGCAAUGGCUGACCAAACCUAUAGCUCCCCGUCCCGCACUCCUUUGGCCUGGAUCGUCUCUCUCUGAGAUGAGCAACUCGACCGACUUCCCGGGCCAGUCCGGUGGCUUCCUUGGAGGGGAUAACCUUGGAGGUUUCGGGUACGGGAUCGGCAUCUCCAUUGGGAUCCUUCUCCUCAUCACCACCAUCACCCUUGCCUCCUAUUUCUGCACCCGGAAUGACCCUGCUGCCCAGAGGUCGAGUGCAACAACCACGACAAGGCGAAGGGUGGGGGCGGCCGACCAACAUCCACCUCCUGAGGCACCUGUAGUGAUCGACGUGGGGCUCGAUGAAGGGACCAUCAAGAGCUACCCGAAGCUGAAAUACUCGAAGGUGAAGCUAGAGAAGGCGGACUCCACUGCCACGUGCUGCUCCAUCUGCCUCGCUGACUACAAGGGCAGCGACGUCCUCCGAGAGCUGCCCGAAUGCGGCCACCUCUUCCACACCGAGUGCAUAGACCCCUGGCUGCGCCUCCAUGCCACGUGCCCCGUCUGUCGGACGUCCCCGAUCCCGACUCCCCUGUCCACGCCCUUGGCCGAGGUCGUACCUUUAGCCACUAGGAGAGACGGCUGAAAUCAUAACAUCAAUUCCAUCAACCCCUCCUUUUGUUAAUCAGUUUUACAUAGGACAAGCGACAAAGUUAGUUGGUCAUGUAACCUUUUAUUGUGUAAUGUGAAUACCAAUGAAGUCUUUCUCUUCUUCUAAUGAAUUCUCAUCUUAGCGCCUUUUUUGCAGCAUUUAUC